UUCCCAUAAAAAACACAGAUAAACCCAUUGAAGAUCCUUGGCAAACCAGAAAGGGAAAAAUCAAACUCAUCUCCAAACACAUACUUUCCGUACGAUGAUCGCAUUCAGCAGUAUUUAUCGGGGUUGUUUUUAAACUGCUCUUCCGAUUUUGAAUAGUCAUAGUGUGUGAUCCACAGUUGGGAAUAAUCAUGGAAAAAGCGCUGAACGUGUCGCAUGCAGGGAGCAGUAAAGGAAACUGGGGGAAUCCCGCACAGAGGCAGGCAAGAAGCGGAUCGUAUAGUCCUGGAUCAGGGGCUGAGUCGGACACAACUCACCCCUCACAGACCCAGAAGAGACACUUGGAGGGUUUUUUGAACAAAUACACCAAUUUACUACAAGGCUGGCAGAGCAGGUACUUUGUGCUGGACCCUGAGCAUGUCCAGCUGCAGUAUUUCAUCAGUGAGCACAGUAAGAACCAGAAGCCUAGAGGCUCGCUGCCCCUCAUCGGCUCCUUAGUGGCCCCAAGUGACGAGUUUCCCUUUAUGUUCACGGUCUUUGCUGCAAAUGGAGAUCUCUUCAAACUGCGAGCUUGUGAUGCCCGCGAGCAGCAGAUGUGGAUGACCCAACUUCAGCUGUGUGCCCGCCGCCACUCAGACAGCAGUGCCAAGGCCUGCACCUCCUCUUCCUCUUUCAACACUUCCUCCACCUCCUCUACUACUGGCCGGACCCACAGCUUCUCCCAGCACCCGCACCCCGUCCUGCAGUCCUCCCACUCAUCCGUUCACAGACAGCCCCCUCAACAUGGGACACCCGCCUCUGUCAUCACCAUCACCCACCACAAGUCCCCCACCGCCAGCCAGCGGGCCUGCAGUCAGCAUCCUGCAGAACUGCACCAGGUCAAAGAGGUCAUGUUCCAGGCAGAGGACCAACAGAAGAACCUUGUGAAUUCCAUUGAAUCUCUGCCGAGCCGUGGGCCAUUGUCCUCCCUGGACCAGGACCUGCUGCUGCUCAAGGCCACAUCUGCAGCCACGCUCAGCUGUCUGGGAGAGUGCCUAAGUAUCCUUCAGCACAAUGUGUGUCAGGCGGCCCAACACAUCACCCACAGCCACAUGCAGGGAUCCAAUACAGAUAACAUCUCUGGCUGGUCAAGGCCCAAGGCUCCCUCAGAAGACCAAGUGAAGAACGGAGAAUUGACAGGCCACAACACAUCUGUUAGACAUCAACCACAUUCACCAGAACACAUGAACAAUGAACGUCUCAAAGACUCUGAGAACUCCAGCCGAGAAUCAAUGGAUCACAGCGAGGAGAUCGCAGACCCAGAAGACAAUGAAGAGGAAGACCUAGGAGUCUUGGAUGACCAGAGGAGCGUCAUUCUUCAUCUGCUCUCUCAGCUCAAACUGGGCAUGGACCUUACACGGGUGGUGCUGCCUACAUUCAUCCUAGAGAAGCGCUCUCUUUUGGAGAUGUAUGCCAACUUCAUGGCCCAUCCAGAUGUGUUCUUGGCCAUCACAUCUGGAGCCACGCCUGAGGAACGUAUCAUCCGGUUUGUGGAAUACUACCUGACCGCUUUCCACGAGGGCCGUAAGGGUGCUGUGGCCAAGAAGCCUUACAACCCCAUUCUAGGGGAGAGCUUCCACUGCACAUGGGAUGUACCCCGAGAUAAAGUGCGACCCCUCAGGACUACAAGCUCAAGCCCAGCUCCUUUGGUUCCUCAGUCUGUCCAAACUGCCUCUAAUGAGGGGGUAGGAGAUUGUCGGCUUCACUUUGUGGCUGAACAGGUGUCCCACCACCCUCCAGUCUCUGGAUUCUACUGUGAGUGUAAAGAGUGUGGGAUAUGUGUCAACACCCAUGUUUGGACUAAAAGCAAGUUCAUGGGCAUGUCCAUUGGAGUGUCAAUGGUUGGAGAAGGAGUGUUACAUCUCUUGGAGCAUGAUGAGGAGUAUGUGUUCACGCUGCCCUCUGCCUACGCCCGCUCCAUCCUCACAGUGCCCUGGGUGGAGUUGGGUGGGAAAGUUUCCAUCUGCUGCGUCAAUACUGGAUACUCUGCCGCGGUCACAUUCCAUACCAAACCCUUUUAUGGAGGAAAAGUUCACAGAGUCACAGCUGAGGUAAAACACAAUCCCACUGGCACCAUCGUGUGUAAGGCUCAGGGGGAGUGGAAUGGGACCCUGGAGUUCACCUACAGCAGCGGAGAAACCAAAGUGAUUGACACAUCCAAACUGCCAGUCAUUAAGAAGAAGAUCCGCCCACUGGAGAAACAGGGCCAGUAUGAGUCGAGGCGGCUAUGGCAGCAUGUGACAGUGGCGCUGAAGGCAGGUGACAUCGAUAUGGCCACUGAACACAAACACCAGCUGGAGGAGAGACAGAGAAGAGAAGAGAAGCAGAGAGCAGCCAGCAGUACUCCCUGGAAACCCAAAUACUUCAUCAAAGAGGGGGAAGGAUGGGUGUACCACAAUCCUCUAUGGAAGACAAAAUGACGAGUACACCUGGAGCCACAUGAUAUCAGUCCGUCACAGACCCCAAGCCCAUGGGUGGGAGUGGCCAUGUAAGAGAGAGGGGCUGGCCAACCAAUUAGACACAAGGACCAGGGAAAGGGGGUGAUCCAUAAUGAUGCCAAAAACAGUAAAACCAGAUGGAUACAAGGGUGGUUAAAAUACCUCAAGACCCUUCGGAUGAUGAAGAUUUGGACGUGGAGGCCUGAAAUGACAUUGUGCAAUAUCUUUAUAUUUGUAUAAUACUUUUAAUCAAUACGUAGUGAAGUGAUUAUUCACACAGGAGAGAGAUUUAGCAUCUAUAUCAGAGUCAAAGGAAGUGACUAGUAGCUGUUAUAUUUGAUUACAAUACAAUAGAGGCAGAUAUUGAUACUGGAGGUAUAUGAGACCAGUGAACACAGCUGCAAUGUAAUGUAGUGUGUUUUAUAUACUUUUGUUAAAGUGACCUCGCCCCUCAUUUUCAAACGAUUUGAUUGAUUCAAGUUGACUGGCUGUUAUUUGCAUGACAGAAUAGAACUUUCACUCUGGUGGUUCCUGAAGGCUUUGAAGUGAGCUCAGCUUAAAAUAAUAAUAAUAAAUGGAUAUUUUAAUUUACAAAUUUUAAAAUCAAAAUGUAUUUUCCCCAUGAAGUAGGAAGACCUACGCAUGCAUUUCAGUCACCAAUUUAUAUUUUCAUUAAACCUAGGUUGAUUUUUAAAGAUGCUCUUUGACCUUUUGAUGUUUAUGUUUAGUGUUUUUAUUAUUUCAUUUACAUCAUGGGACCUAUUUACUAAGUCUAAUUCACUUUUCACAAACCAAUUCAAAGGUUUUUCUUCCAAUUAUUUUAAAUAAAACCCUUUUGUUUAUCGGCUGAUUGUAUGCCCCAGCAAAAUUUGUAAUGUAAACAUUUUUUUUUUAAUUGCUGUUGUAGGUUUCUGGGAUACUCCGAUCAUAAUGACUUGCUCUGCGAGUGUUUAAAUGUGUGAAUUAAUCUGGGAUGCACGCAACACUUUCCAUCAGCAAAGUUCCUAUAUAAGCGAUUCCACUGUAUGACCACAGAGAUGGUGUUACCAAACACGAUAUGUACUUGUUAAAAUUAAGAUUCCUCAACAAGACAAUUAAUCCCACCAUAUCUGUAAA